CGUCAAUCCUGGCGUGUUGUGUUGGCUUGGCUCAGUAAAUAUAAUUCGUCAACAUGAUUUCACUCUUCGAUGAAUUAAUGAGAAAUCAAAAGGCUCCUCAGGACAGAGUCAUCACCAUCACUUCACUUUCGCUCACUUCAAUGAAAGUCACAAUGAACAUCACUUUCAUCGGUUUCGUUUUUGCGACGGCGAGGAGCUAUAUUGGUGACGUCAUCGAUUGCGUCACGGGCAUGAAUGAGGCGGAGCACAAAGCGAUUGAGACGUAUUGUUAUAUUACGUCACAUUUCACUGUUGUUGAUUUGGCAACUGAGGCCUCAGCGCACCCUGGCGUGGGACCCUCCAGCGCACAGAACACAACAGAGAGUCUUCAGCGCCAUGCAUACUACCAAUGGGUCCCCUUCGUGUUGAUGUUGCAAAUGAUCAUCUAUUAUUUCCCCGUUUACCUGUGGCAUAGGGUCGAUUUCGGGUUCUUUGAUGCCAUAACCCUCGACCUUGAUAAAGUUUUUCCUGAUAAAGCUGCAGAGAGGCUGAAGCUGGCGACGGAGUACUUCGUGCGGUCCCUGGGCACGCACGGCCGCUACGCCCUGUCCUUCCUCCUGUGCGAGGGUCUGGCAGCCUCCCUCGCCCUCGGGAACCUCGCCUUCACGAACAAGUUCCUCGGCGGAAAGUUCUUCAGGUACGGGCUCUCGGCGGCGAAGUUCGUGCUGGAGAGAGCGCCGGAAGGAGACGGGCCGCUGGACGAGGUGUUUCCGAAGGUAACCAAAUGCACCUGGCACAAAUUCGGCGCCUCCGGGUCCCUUCAGACACACGACGCCCUGUGUGUGCUGCCCAUGAACGUCAUGAACGAGAAGACCUUCCUCGUGCUGUGGUUCGUGCAGGUUGCGACGGCGGCUGUGUGCGUGGCUGUCCUCUCCUCCCACCUCCUGCUCGUCGCCUCCCCGGCUCUGCGCAACGGACUCCUCUCCUUCCUGACGCACUCUGAGACGGCCAAGGAGCCCCUCCUCUGCGUCCUCCACGAGAGCGACUUCGGGGACUGGUUCCUGCUCUUCCACCUUCGCUCUCACGUGGUCGACUUCACCACGUGGCUGCUCGAGGUCGACAAGGAAAUGAGGAGAGAAGCCAGCCCCGAGCAGGAAGAACCAGAGGAAAGGGAAAGAAUAAGAGUGCCUGCCUAUUGAGUUUGUGACCUGCUGUGAGGAAAACUUUAUACAGGCCUGAGAGACACCACGCUCUCCUGGGGUAUUUCAGCCGCUGCGCCGCCGCCGUCGACAUCAGGCGGCCGUUAUAUGUAUGUCGCAUAAAUCAAAAAAAAUAUGUAUAUGUAUAUAAAGACACCAAUGAC